AUAAUUCAACGUGAUGCUGCGUGCCGGCAAUCAACAUAGUUUGGGUGGAAUUACCUCACGGAGUCAUAACAAAUGGGUUCCAUAUCGUUCGACCGGCAUACAUGAAACACAUUUGAAAUCCAGCGCUUCCGGAAUUUUCGACUCCACAUCCAACCAGAUCAGCGUGCGAUCACUGAAGCCUGCAUUCGUAAAGUCGACCAUAAUCUUCAACACCGGUGCACGGAACACGCCCACCUGCUUUUCCUCGGGAAACCUUCACAAUGUCUUCGUCAGCUGCUCGCAAAACUUCAUCUCGAAAAAUCAUCAUCAUCAUGAACACAAAACUGCACCGCUGAGUUUCGGUCUGGUUUGGCAACGAUCACAUCCGGCAGCAUUGGAAUCAAAAAAGAAAACGGUUUUACCCGAGCCCAUCUUGGCCAUUGAAUCCACAUACAGAUCUUGAAGUCAGCGGGAUAGCUUGGCGGCGGAUUUGCGUUGGCACUUCGUAUCCAAGGAUUACCUUCAA